ACACACACACACACACACACACACACACGGCCCCAGAAUAACUGGUUCCAUCUUAGGGUUGAGGGCAGAGACUCCCAACGUAGCUCUGCUGAAGACCCCACCCCUGGCUGAGUUCACGCCCCUGGCAUGUGUCCUCAGGCAGGACUCACUGGCUGGGCUCCAAGGCAGGAAAACAUGCGCACCUGGAACAUACCGGCCCCCGCCCUGCCAUGACACAGCCAGGGACACACCCCUGCCCAGAUAUGCAGUCACUCCAGCCUUUGGAGACCAGCGCAGCCUUUCCACACCCAGAUACACAUCAGCCCCAGAGCUCCCACGCCCACACAGGGGAGCUGCGGAGGUUCUGCCAAGCAGUCUGCUGUCCUCCCAGACGUUCUAGCCUAACCAGCUAGCUACCCACAUGCUCCCAGAGCAUGAGGGUGUGAACCAAGGUCUGGACCCCAGAAGGCAGGUCACCUCAAAAUUCUGCCUCCAGCUGCGCAGGCAGGAUUCCAGAGAGGCCACAGUGUAGCCAGGGUAUGUGUGGAGAAGUGCUUUACAACCGUAGUGUGUCAGAGUUGUGUGGCCCCUUCUCACGCGUGAUCCUCGGGCCCUGACCUUCGCAGGGCCACCCCGACUGUGGGGUCCGGCUUCUUUGUCUGCCGCCAGCUCCUGCCCGUGUCUUCUUGCCUCAGAGGCAGUACCUGGCACUGUAUUUCAGGCUGUCAUCUCUGCCUGCAGUGCUUUCCCUUGCCUCCUGCCUUUGGCCAGCACUCAGCUCAGGAGCAGGCAGACCCUGACUUCCACAUGACCCUGUGCUUUUGUGGCUUUGGGUCAUAGUUAUCCUGAGUGCCACUUUCCCCAGCCAGUGUAGGCAGAACCCACGAUUUUAUUUUCUCAGGGUCCUAAGGCCCAGCAAUGAUUAGACCAAAAUCUGAGGCCUGGGGUUAUGUUCUGUUAAGAAGGAGGAAGGACCAGCAGUCCCUUCCUCAGGAAGCUGGCCAGUCCCUGCCCCACUACCCUGGGGAAGAAGCCCAGGGUCUCCAAGCUUCUUCGCCAGGCGGAAGCUCUUGUGCAGAUUUUGGCCAGCUCAGUUGCCCUAACUCCAGUCAUUUAAGGGUACGAUGUGGCCAAACCCCCCAGUGCAGACCCCUCAUUGGUGAAAGGAGCACAGAACCCUGGGGAGGAGCAAGCUAUACGUAAGACCUCGGGGCCUCGCGGGGCUCCCUUGCCAAGGCGGGGUCUGGAGUGCUAGCUGAGUACUCUGCCCUUCAGUGGGAGCUUAUGUUUGUGGGAAGUGAGCCUUGCCUUUGUCUUCAGAGGCCACUGUCUGCUCCUGACUCUCAGCUGGGAGAAACAGAGUCUCAGCUGGUUCUGACCUCUUGCCAUCAACCGCCCGGUAACCGAUGCAGACUGCCUGCCGCUGCCCCGGCGCAUGGCCGGCUACCUCCGACAGUACCCCUCCCAGCUCUGACUGGGCCUGCUACUUCGCCCAGCCUCGUGCAGCCACAUUCCAGGACCUGUGUACAUCUGAUCUAGUCCUUUGCUGGCUGUGGAGCAGAUUGGGCAGCGGCUCCUGUGGGCCCAGAGCCUAGAGCUGUCAGAGCCAGCCAUGCAGCCUUUCCCUGCCGGGGUCUUCCUGGAAGAGGUGCCAGCGGAGACCCCUAUCCAACCAGAGAGUGAGCCAAAGGUGCUGGACCCUGAAGAGGAUCUGCUGUGCAUAGCCAAGACUUUCUCCUACCUUAGAGAAUCUGGCUGGUACUGGGGCUCCAUUACAGCCAGUGAGGCCCGGCAGCACCUGCAGAAGAUGCCAGAGGGCACGUUCCUGGUACGAGACAGCACCCACCCCAGCUACCUGUUCACGCUCUCAGUCAAAACCACCCGUGGCCCCACCAACGUGCGCAUCGAGUAUGCUGACUCCAGCUUCCGCCUGGACUCCAACUGCUUGUCUCGGCCUCGUAUCCUGGCCUUCCCGGAUGUGGUCAGCCUUGUGCAGCACUACGUGGCCUCCUGUGCUGCGGACACCCGAAGCGACAGCCCUGAUCCUGCUCCUGCCCCAGCCCUGCCUGUGCCUAAGGAAGAUGCUCCUGGUGACCCAGCACUGCCUGCCCCUGCCGCCACUGCUGUACACCUGAAACUGGUGCAGCCCUUCGUGCGCAGGAGCAGUGCCCGCAGCCUGCAGCACCUGUGCCGCCUUGCCAUCAACCGCCUGGUAACCGACGUGGACUGCCUGCCGCUGCCCCGGCGCAUGGCCGACUACCUCCGACAGUACCCCUUCCAGCUCUGACUGGGCCUGCUACUUCGCCCAGCCUCGUGCAGCCACAUUCCGGGGGGGACACAGGCUCCUGCUGGACUCGGGCCCCUGCUGUCCCCCGUGCAGUCCUCAUGGUGCCUACAUGCAUCUGGUAGCUGGACCAGGAAGAGCUAAGAAGGAGAAGGCAGGGGGAGGAGGGGAGGUGUCACGCAGUUUGUGGCUCCAUUGUUGUGAGCCGUGUGUCAGAGGACAGGGAGACAGGCAGGACCUUGUCUCACCCUGCUGGGUAGGCCUAGGCCUUCACUCACCUGCCUGCCCCAGCCUUCUGAACUGUGUAGACUUUCCCAGCCCUGGUUUCUCAGUCCGUGAGGUGGGGCAGGCCCCCUACCUCCAGCCAGCCUCAGCUGCUAGGAACAUGGCCAGGGGAACUGAGGUUGACAGUGACAGCCCUCUUGUUGAGCAGUGGGCCAGGCUGGGGGACACAGUUAUACAGUAUUUAUUUAUUUAUUCAGCUUGGGGUUGGUCUGAGGUGAUCCACCCCACCUCUCUGCCCUGAGCCCAGGGUUGUCCAGAGAUAACUGUUGACUUCUCGGUUCUUCCCUGUGGAGGCUCCAUCCUGAGAUGUUACUGGACCCAAGGCAGGCCUGGGUGUCUUAGCGCUGCCUCACCUGCGUGUGAACAUGUGUACUCGCUUCUGGCCCCAGCACUGUUCAAGGGGGCGGAUGAAUGGACAAGAAAUUGGAGCCAGAGCCUCAGUCCCCAGCAGAGCCUGGAGCUCACGCCUUGGGGGACUGGGCUGGAGCUGCACGGCACUGCCCUCGCUGUCCCACAGGCCUGGAGAGCGGAGUGCUGUGUCGGAGGGGACACCGCACCCAGGAAGAUGCCUGCGUGUGCCAGGGGGAGACGUACGUAGCUGAUAAGACUUUAUGGAAUAAUUAUUGUAACACAGAAACCAGUUUGGUAGUCUUUUCUUCUUCCACUGAUUUUUCUGUAAUAAUAAUAAAAUUACACCUUUCAUUUAUAGAGCCUGUAAUGGGCCUCUUCUGA